AUGCCCAAGUUUCUGGUGCCGCACAAGUCCGGAGCGCACCGCAUUGCCGCCAUCGCCCUCUUUCGCGCCCUGCUCAUCCAGUCGCGGCGUGUGCCAUUGCCGGAAUCCCCGACGGCCAAUGCGGAGCUACAAAAUGUCGUUCGCAACCGCUUCAAACAGGCGCGUCAUGUCACCAGCUACCGUCAGCUAAAAGCCACAUUCGAAGCCGGUUAUGAGGCUGUCGAUCACUUGGAUGCUGCCGUGGCAGGCAGUACUCACGCUCAACAAAUCGUAGCGGAUUUGCUGGCAAAAGCGCCGAAGAGUGUCAAACAACCACCUCGAAGACAUAAAGCGAUUGAUAAGAAACUGCUACGGCGGCGAGAAUUGGCGGAGAGACCGCCUAGGAUCAAUAUGUUUGAUCGCCCGCUGCCGCUGGAGCAACUUUCUGGAGAGCGCAAGGUGCCGGUUCUCUUCACUGCGAAUCACAUUCCCAUUUUGCGAUUUACGAAACCGCAGCCGUCGAGUUUGUCGGGGUACAUAACCAAUCGCAUUGUUCAGCGCCAGAAACGGCAUGAUCGGAGGCAGAUGUUGGAGGAGGCUUUGGUUCUUGCGGGAGAGGAGGAUAAAUGGGAUAGCAUUGUGCGGCAGUUUGCUGGGAUUGACGCGAGGAAGUCUAGAGAUGUGACAAUCACUCCUGUGAGGGAGAGCUUGUGGAGAGAUCCAAUUGUGACGGCGUUGGACGUGGUGAGGGCUGCGUUGGAUGGGGAGAAAGAGUUGAAUCGUAUCAUGGCUGAGAAGAUGCAGGGUGUGGUGGAUCGGGAGACGGCCAUGGCGGAGAAGGAGGCGAGGGAGAGGGAGAUGAAGGGGGAGGAGGAGAGCAUAAGGCCCAUUGUUCGCCAUCAGAAGGAUUGA